AUGGCUGUUGGACUAAUUCAACGAAACCAUAAACAACUCCGAAAAGCUGAUGUCACACCGCAGGCUUUCAACAAAACGAACCAUGAAGAAUUGGAAAUAGUAUCCCUCCCAGACGAAACCUUACCAUCAUCAAUAGCAUUACCUACGGAAACAACCGAGGAACAAGUAACGGCGCUACCAUCUCCAGUAGUGGAAACACAGCCAGCACCUCUACGUCGUUCGACAAGAAUUCGUAAAUCGCCAGUAAGACUUAAAGAUUAUAUACGGUAACAUUUAAUCCUUAAGAAACAUUUAUCUCAACUUAGUACUUUUCUUUAUAAGAACAUUUAUUUGAACUUCAUAUUAUUGUUUAGAAACUUUGUUUAUUUGAACUUCAUAUUAUUGUUUUAAAAAAAAUGUGUAAAAAAAAAGACUUUUAUAAGGGGAAAGGUGUUGAUAGGUUAUAUUAA